AUAAACAUAUAGAAUCAUGGUCAGAGUUGAAGCAUUUGAGUUCCACAGUUCAAGACAUCAUGGAUGGUAAAAAACUCACACAACCCUCCACCUUUCUUCCAAGUAUUCCAGAAAUCCUUCAUCAACCGCCAGAAUCUCACUUUGCAGUUUCUGCCACAAACCACCAUCACUUCUUGAACAAGUUGUUGUUCUUCUCUCCACCAUGUCACGAACAGAGCAUUAACGAAACAGGGGAUCUCGAAGGAAUCGCUGCCAUUGUUGGAGAGCAUGUUCUCUUCGGAGCCAGAAACGACAACAACAACACAGGAACAUGUUCCCUCACACCAAACAAGAAGGAAGAUCAGAGAGAAAACAACCAUGUUUCAGAGUGUAAGAGAUACAGGGGAGUGAGGAAGAGACCCUGGGGGAGGUGGUCGGCGGAGAUACGCGACCGGAUCGGACGCUGCCGCCACUGGCUCGGCACGUUUGACACAGCGGAGGAAGCGGCGCGUGCGUAUGACGCGGCGGCGAGGCGGUUGAGGGGCUCCAAGGCUAGAACCAACUUCGAGAUCCCCUCUGUUUUGCCCUCAUGUGCUUCUCAAGUGAUAACAAAGGUGAAUAGUGGCGGUGGUGGUAGCAACAAGAAGCUUAAAGGUAGUGCUAGGAAGUGCUGUGUAGUUACCUCUGUAGCUCAAUUGUUCAGUGGUGUUCCUGAAGGUCAUGUCAAUGGUGGCCAGAAAGGGUUUGGGAAUAAUGUUGGGCUGGACUUGAAACUUGGUGUAAUGUAGCAAGACGCACAUUUUCAUUUUUAUUUUUAAGAGAUGUAUCUUCCAUGGGAGACAAUCGUGUUUGAGUCAUUAGCAUCUACAUCUUCGCAGUUUUUUCCGUUCAAUAGACUCCAACUUGAGACAACACUUAAGGGAAAUCAAACAUGUAUUACUUGUGAUCUCAUAGAAAGGUUAGUGCAAUAUAGAAACCCUGAAAUGUUGAGUUUUGGAUGAAUCUGUGUAAUGUUAAUGAAAGAUAUUGUGGAAAAGCCUUUACUUGGAUGAAUUAAUUUGUCUAUGAGUAUUU